ACCAUGGCUUCGACGCUAAAUAUACGACGCCGGCCACGUUUCACAUUUACUUUCUCUUUGGACAAACAUGGAUGCCGAAGAGGGAAGAGAGGAGGAAAGAGUCAACCUUGCAGAUGAUCCUUCCAAUAGAGCGAUGGUUCAGACAGAUCUUCAUCUUCUCCCUCGGGAGAUUCUACUCGAUAUCCUAUCAAGACUCCCGAUCACCUCUCUGAUCCACUUCAAGACCACUUCCCAUGCCGGCUAUGAUUUAAUUGCUGAUCCAAGACUCCCUCCGAUGUUCCACAACCGGGUAAGCAACUCAAACCCAUGUCUGAUUCUGUUCAACUACAAUAUCCUUGCCUUCUCGCCCUGGCAGCUCUAUUUUGUGGAUAAUGAGGACUGCAGUGGAAGGGUUACGAAAAUCGACCCACCACAUCAUUCAGAAGUUGAUAGUCUGGUGGAUUCAUGUAACGGGCUGUUAUGCUUAUCCUUUCCCAUAAUCGGUGGUUCAUCGGAGUCUCACAGUCUGCUAAUUUACAAUCCUUUUGUUGGAGAGGCUGUGAGAGUCCCACCAGCGAACCGAUUUCUGAAUCAAAGUGAAGUUUUUGGAUUUGGGUUUCAUCCGAGGACAGGAGAAUUCAAAGUGGUCAGGAUUGUGUGGGACGAGUCGGCGCUAGAUGUGGAAGAAGUGGAUGAUGAAUCAAUGGUUCAGGUGUUUACCAUAGGAACAACAGAGUGGAGAAAGAAAGGAGCUCCGCCUACACAAUUGGCGUAUAAAAUGAAACCACCUGAGGCUCUAGUUGAAGGAUCUCUCCAUUGGGUGACUGAAGUUGGGGUGGGAGUAGUAGGUCUUAUCUUUGGUAUUAUCUCCUUCGAGCUUGCAGAUGAGGUGUUCGAAGAAAUUCCGCACCCACCAUGUCAACGAUUUGUGUCACGUGACUACAGUCUUUCCGUGCUCAAUGGGUGUCUAUCGGCAGCUAGGUUGGUUGAUGCUUUGCAUUAUGAUAUCUGGGUGAUGAAGCAAUAUCGUGUUAAGGAAUCUUGGGUAAAACAAUUCUCCUUUGAUCCCUAUUUUCCUGGUGGAUGGCAACGCUUCUUAACAAGAUUUUCCACAGUUAUAUGUGCACUGAAGAAUGGUGAGAUUCUGUUGCAGAAUGAACACAGUUCUCUGAUUUCUUAUGAUCCUGUGGAAAACAGAUUCAAGACUCUUCAAAUAAGUGGGUUACCAAAUUGGUUCCAGGCACUUCCUUUUCUACCUUCUCUUUCCUCGGCAAAGGCAACCAUAAAUUUGCAACUUUAACUCUCUCUAUUGAAUCAACCUUUUUUCUGUAAGACUACUACUAGUUUUUAGUUUGUGUUGAAUCUUUGAUCAUCAAUGCAUCAGUAAUAGUUGUGUUAUUUACAAUCUCAUGAAGAUGGCUCAGAAUCUAUGGUUGCUAAUGACGAAAAGGGACCAAAAAUUGAAUUAACUUUACGAGUUCCUGAAUCACUGGUAACUACUUGGGUACUUGUUGAAGUAUUGUGCAACCUCUCUCUAUGACCUAUUGCUAGACUGCUUAGUGAAAUUAGACUGCUUGGUGAAUCAGAAAGAGAACCGUGUUAUUACCUAUUCUUCUCUCUCCUUCCCUUUUCUGUAAUCAUCAUCAUCAUCUCUGUGACUGACACUCUUCUUCUUUGCCACGACGCCCGUUUAUUGUUUCUUCUCUUUUUCCGAUUCUGGGUUUUGCUGCUUCCAUCGCGAAGGGUAUCUUCAUCUGAUUCUGGGUUUUCGUUUUUAGUUAUUUCUUUUGGGAUUUGGUGUGUAAUUUAUGAUUUUUUUUAAAUAAAUAAACUGAAGUUUU